AAAGAAUACAGAGAGGGGGACAGUCGAGAAGGAGAUGGGCUGGGAGAGAGUGGAAAAGGCCCAUCAUCUUCUCAUUUAGCUUUUUAGCUCGGAGUUUGAGGGGAAAUCCGAGCCGUGGAUCUUCGAUUGGGGAGAUGCUUUUCUGAUUUUCAGCGUCUCCAUCUUCAAAGAUCAAAAUCCUAGAAAAAAAGAGAAUUUUUUUCGCCCUUCUUGCAAGCAAUGGAGGCGAAAGCUGGAAUGGUGGCCGGUUCUCACAAACGAAACGAGUUCGUGAUGAUUCGACACGAAGGAGAAGUCGGGCCUAAGCCUCUUAAACAUUUGAAUGGCCAAGUAUGUCAGAUCUGUGGAGAUACUGUCGGGCUUACGGCCACGGGUGAUGUCUUUGUCGCUUGCAAUGAGUGUGCCUUCCCGGUUUGCCGGGCUUGUUAUGAAUACGAGCGGAAGGACGGGAACCGCUCUUGCCCUCAGUGCAAGACUAGAUACAAAAGACACAGAGGAAGUCCUCGAGUGGAGGGUGACGAUGAAGAGGAUGAUGUUGAUGACUUGGAGAAUGAGUUCAAUUACACACAUGGCAAUGGAAAGGCGGUGCGUCAGUGGCAGAUGCAGGGGCAGGGAGAAGAUGUUGAUCUGUCGUCUUCAUCAAGGCACGAUUCUCAACACCCGAUUCCACUUCUCACGAAUGGGCAAUCGGUGUCUGGGGAAAUACCUGAUGCUACGCCUGACAAUCAGUCUGUGAGAACUACAUCUGGUCCAUUAGGGUCUGGAGAAAAACGUGCCCAUUCACUUCCUUACACUGAUCCAAGCUUGCCAGUUCCAGUGAGGAUUGUGGACCCCUCAAAGGACCUGAAUUCUUAUGGGCUUGGAAAUGUUGACUGGAAGGAGAGAGUUGAAGGUUGGAAACUUAAACAAGAGAAAAAUAUGAUGCAAAUGACUAGCCGAUACACUGAUGGUAAAGGUGAUAUGGAAGGGACUGGUUCGAAUGGUGAAGAUCUGCAGAUGGCUGAUGAUGCCCGUCAACCUUUGAGCCGAAUAGUGCCUAUUGCUUCUUCCUACCUUACCCCUUAUCGGGUUGUGAUCAUACUUCGGCUUAUCAUCUUAGGCUUCUUUCUCCAGUACCGUGUGACCCACCCUGUGGAUGAUGCAUAUCCAUUGUGGCUAACGUCUGUUAUAUGCGAGAUCUGGUUUGCUCUGUCUUGGCUAUUGGAUCAAUUCCCAAAAUGGUCUCCCAUCAAUCGUGAAACCUACCUCGACAGGCUUGCACUGAGAUUUGAUCGGGAGGGGGAGCCUUCUCAGUUAGCUCCUAUUGAUAUCUUUGUUAGUACAGUGGAUCCUCUCAAAGAGCCUCCUCUUGUGACAGCCAACACUGUGCUGUCCAUCCUCGCUGUGGACUACCCUGUCGACAAAGUCUCAUGCUAUGUUUCUGAUGAUGGGUCCGCCAUGUUAACUUUUGAAGCCCUCUCAGAGACUUCGGAGUUUGCUAGGAAGUGGGUUCCAUUUUGCAAGAAGCACAAUAUUGAGCCUAGGGCUCCGGAAUUUUACUUUGCUCAGAAGAUAGAUUACUUGAAGGAUAAAAUACAGCCUUCUUUUGUGAAAGAGCGAAGGGCAAUGAAGAGGGAAUAUGAAGAGUUCAAAGUACGAGUCAAUGCUCUUGUUGCCAAAGCACAAAAGACACCUGAAGAGGGCUGGACAAUGCAGGAUGGCACUCCUUGGCCCGGAAACAAUCCUAGAGAUCAUCCUGGCAUGAUCCAGGUGUUCUUGGGCCACAGCGGAGGGCUUGAUACAGAUGGCAAUGAGUUACCUCGACUUGUUUAUGUGUCCCGUGAGAAGCGGCCGGGCUUCCAGCAUCACAAGAAAGCUGGAGCAAUGAAUGCACUGAUACGGGUAUCGGCUGUCUUGACCAACGGUGCCUAUCUUCUGAAUGUCGAUUGUGAUCAUUACUUCAAUAACAGCAAAGCUCUCCGUGAAGCAAUGUGUUUCAUGAUGGAUCCUGCCCUGGGAAAGAAAACGUGCUAUGUUCAGUUCCCUCAGCGAUUUGACGGCAUUGAUAUGCACGAUCGUUAUGCUAACCGCAACAUUGUCUUUUUUGAUAUCAACUUGAAAGGCCUGGAUGGCAUCCAGGGUCCAGUGUAUGUGGGUACGGGAUGCUGUUUCAACAGGCAAGCAUUGUAUGGGUAUGAUCCGGUCCUAACUGAGGCUGACCUGGAACCCAACAUCAUUGUCAAGAGCUGUUGUGGUUCGAGAAAGAAGGGAAGGAACGGGAACAAGAAAUACAUUGAUAAAAAGCGGGCAAUGAGAAGAACCGAAUCAACUAAGGGAAGGAACGGGAACAAGAAAUACAUUGAUAAAAAGCGGGCAAUGAGAAGAACCGAAUCAACUGUUCCCAUCUUCAACAUGGAAGACAUUGAGGAGGGGGUUGAAGGCUUUGAGGACGAGAGGUCGCUGCUUAUGUCUCAGAAAAGUCUAGAAAAGCGAUUUGGCCAGUCUCCAGUUUUCAUUUCGUCAACCUUCAUGGAACAGGGAGGGAUACCACAGUCCACUAAUCCAGCAUCACUGCUGAAAGAAGCCAUCCAUGUCAUCAGCUGCGGUUAUGAGGACAAGACUGAGUGGGGAAAAGAGAUUGGGUGGAUUUAUGGUUCUGUGACAGAAGAUAUUCUUACUGGUUUUAAAAUGCAUGCUCGGGGAUGGAUAUCAAUAUACUGCAUGCCUCCGCGCCCUGCGUUCAAGGGAUCUGCUCCAAUCAAUCUUUCUGAUCGUCUGAACCAAGUCCUUCGAUGGGCUUUGGGAUCAAUUGAGAUCUUGCUGAGUAGGCAUUGCCCCAUUUGGUAUGGUUACAGUGGAAGGUUGAAGCUGUUGGAGAGGCUUGCUUACAUCAACACUAUAGUUUAUCCUCUCACCUCCAUCCCACUGCUUGCAUAUUGCACACUUCCAGCCGUCUGUCUUCUUACGGGGAAAUUCAUCAUUCCUGAGAUAAGCAACUUUGCCAGCAUGUGGUUCAUUCUGCUGUUUAUUUCCAUUUUUGCAACUGGGAUUCUAGAGCUCAGAUGGAGUGGGGUUGGGAUCGAUGACUGGUGGAGGAACGAACAGUUCUGGGUGAUUGGUGGUACAUCAGCCCAUCUGUUUGCCGUUUUCCAAGGAUUGCUAAAAGUUCUUGCUGGGAUCGAUACCAACUUCACUGUCACAUCCAAAGCAUCUGAUGAAGAUGGGGAUUUUGCGGAGCUGUACGUUUUCAAGUGGACCUCACUUCUUAUCCCUCCUACCACUGUCCUCGUGGUGAACAUGGUGGGUAUAGUGGCUGGCGUUUCGUAUGCCAUAAACAGCGGGUACCAGUCGUGGGGCCCUCUGUUUGGAAAGCUAUUCUUUGCCAUAUGGGUCAUUGUCCAUCUAUACCCUUUCCUCAAAGGUCUGCUGGGCCGGCAAAAUCGCACUCCCACCAUCGUUAUUGUCUGGUCAAUUCUCCUCGCUUCCAUUUUCUCUUUGCUGUGGGUGCGGAUCGAUCCUUUCACGUCGUCUACGCAAAAAGCAGCGGCGGCAGGCCAAUGUGGCAUCAACUGCUAAGUCCUCCAAAACUAUUUUAUCAGGUAACCCAUCACGCCGUUCCUCCUCGUGUAAAUAACAAAUCAACUAAAAGGAUCAGUCAAAAGGAGUUAGAGAGAUGGGGCCAUGGGCUUUUUUUUUUUAAUGUUCUUUUAGCUAUUUAUCGUUCUUUUGCGUUCUUCCGCAAGUGUUUACGCCGACAUUUGAUUUAUUUUUGUUGUGCAGUAUGUGAUGAUUGUACCUGUUAAGAACAUCUAUAUGAACAUUGGUGGGUUCAAAAAACAUUUCCAGGAAUCUACAAUCUUGCUGUGCUUUUAAGUUA